UUUCGAUAGCUUAAUAAAUCCGAAAAUGCAGGUUUGAAGUUGCGAAAUUCAGUGGUUUAGAAAUUGCAAUCAUGUGAAACUAACCAUUUUUAGGGUAUUGUUACUUUAACGCCAUAUUGGCUUCUACCCAUACCUCAUCCAAUGAGUGAACCGCACAGAUGAUCAUAUUCACGUGCUCUCGACUUACGCUUGCCUUGUUAAAAAAUGUAAUGUCUUCGGAUUUCGGCCAUCAACGAUGCCUUCAAAUCGAUAUUCUUAUGACGGAAAAAAUAUCGAUAUAAAAAUUCACAUAAGCGAUUGACAAAUACGUCAUCAUAGAAGCGACCCUUUUUCAGUCUUUAGAUGGUUGCCAAUUGGAUUUUAUUUUUUGAGUAUGCACACCAUGAGAAGCUGUAAUUCGCGAAACAAUUAGCUUAUACUAACGUAACCGGUCGUCUCACGACGCCUGGAAAAUAAAUCCUAAUCCGAACCAAAACCAAUGUCGUUUUAUCUACAAAUUCCACGCUAUGAUUGACUGUUUUAUAUACGUAUCCUUCUACAGCUAAUCUGGCAUAACUUUUGAAAUGAAUGAAAAGGAAUUAAAAAUAAAAGAAAAAGACUAUAAAGAAAGCGAUAAAAAAGAAAAUAAGACGAAAAUAAACGUAACGACGUAAAAAUACACAAGUGAAUACCCCAGAAACAUUGGAAAAAGUAUUAUGAGUUGGAAAUGAAAAAAAUGUUAAUUGAUAGAAUGGUGAACUUAUUAAGUAGAGGUUGCGUGGUACCAGUAGUGUGUUAUAUCAAACAGUGUUGGCAACGUGGAGACACAGAUGUAUCAUUAAUUAGGUAUUUUGUUACAGAGGUUUUAGAAGCAAUAGCUCCACCAUAUACAGCUGAAUUUAUUCAUUUAUUUCUUCCUAUGGUUGAAGAUGAAGAAAUUACAGGUACAAUGCGUGGUGAUAGCGACAAUGAUCUUGUUUCAGAAUUCAUAGUACAUUGUAAAGCACAUUGCCCGACUAUAAGAUGAUCUAUUGAAAGGAAGGUGGAUUAAAUUAAAUGGAUUAAAGUAAAGAAGCUCAUAAUAUUAUUAGAUAUUUUUACUUCAUAUAAGAAUGUUGAAUUGCUACAUAUAAAUUCUUUCUAUACUACUUUAUUAGAUCCCUUUCUUAUUUCAUAUACAAUAUCAUAUACAAUAAUGUAUAUAUUUGAAGAGUUGGAUGAUUUUUUCCACAAUCUGUGAUAUAAUUUAUGGAUUUUCUGCAACAAAAAUAACGAAAUGUAAUUUUUGUAACUUACCAAAUUUUUUAAAUAAAUAAAUAGAAUUAAAUAA